UUAGAGUCCACAUCAUCCAGCGCCGAGCCUCGCCUUCCUUUCUCCCUCUGCAGACAUAUCGAGACACAAAAAGAGAGGCAACCCCCGGACCACCCGAGGGCCCACCCGGACCAUGACGGAGACCACUAAGACGCACGUUAUCCUGCUGGCCUGCGGCAGCUUCAACCCCAUCACCAAAGGGCACAUUCAGAUGUUCGAUGACAAGCUUGACAUUGAGCCAUGUGUAGAGAAGGUGACAGAGUUGUCUUGAACGCCUCAUUGCUGAACUCUUGCAAAGGCCUCUGUAAUGCAUGAAAGAAAGAGCCAGAGACUAUCUGCACAAGACGGGAAGGUUUAUUGUGAUUGGCGGCAUCGUCUCCCCUGUCCACGACUCCUAUGGGAAACAGGGCCUCGUGUCAAGUCGGCACCGUCUCAUCAUGUGUCAGCUGGCAGUGCAGAACUCCGACUGGAUCAGGGUGGACCCGUGGGAGUGCUACCAGGACACCUGGCAGACGACCUGCAGUGUGCUGGAACACCACCGGGACCUCAUGAAGAGGGUGACCGGCUGCAUCCUCUCCAACGUGAACACACCUUCUAUGACGCCUGUGAUCGGACAGCCACAGCACGAGACCCCCCAGCCCAUUUACCAGAACAGCAAUGUGUCCGCCAAGCCCACAGCAGCCAAAAUCUUGGGGAAGGUGGGAGAGAGCCUCAGCCGGAUCUGCUGCGUGCGCCCGCCAGUGGAGCGCUUCACCUUCGUAGAUGAAAAUGCCAAUCUGGGCACGGUGAUGCGGUACGAGGAGAUUGAGCUGCGGAUCUUGCUGCUGUGUGGCAGUGACCUGCUGGAGUCCUUCUGCAUCCCGGGGCUCUGGAAUGAGGCAGAUAUGGAAGUGAUUGUUGGGGACUUCGGGAUUGUGGUAGUGCCCAGAGAUGCAGCUGACACAGACCGAAUUAUGAAUCACUCCUCAAUACUCCGCAAAUACAAAAACAACAUCAUGGUGGUGAAGGAUGACAUCAACCAUCCCAUGUCUGUUGUCAGUUCAACCAAGAGCAGGCUGGCCCUGCAGCACGGGGAUGGCCAUGUCGUGGAUUACCUGUCCCAACCAGUCAUCGACUACAUCCUCAAGAGCCAGCUGUACAUCAACGCCUCUGGCUAGCAGCCGCUCAGCUGUCUGCUCCACUCUCCCCUCGUCCUCUGCCGACACAUCGGCCCCUCCAAUCUCUGUGGGUCCCCCAGUCUCUCUCCUGCCUCUGUUUCUCCAUCUUCUCAUCUUGACUGUUCUCUCUACUGCUGACUUAACCCCCCACAGUGUGGGGGACCUGCAUUCCCCAUUCCACAGUCAUCUUUGGACAAACUUUCCUCUAGUCUCUGGGUUGGGGGUGGGAGAGGGAAUAGGGAUUAGGGAUGGGAGUUGGGGGAAGUGCAGUCCUUGGAGAUGUACUGAUACUCAUUUCCCAGCAUGCUCUAGAGAGGCGGCUCUGGGGCCCAUCCUCCCAGCGUGUUCUGUGGAGGCGGCUCUGGCUCUCGCCUUCCCAGCAUGCCCUUUAGCACAAAGGGCUAUUUUUUUUCUUUCUAUUUAUUUAUUUUUCCUGUUCACUUCUUGUAGAAUUUGGAUGAAAUCAGUGUCUAUGGUUCUUUACGUUUGUAGUAGUCCUAAUGCACUCCUGUGGUAUGACUUCCCUUCCGGUAGGACACUGUAGCCAGCCUCAGCACUUGGGAAGUGCGUGAGGGCCAUGCCCAGCAGGGAAGGCUGAGCCACCUCCACUUCCCCCACACACGUCUACACACAGCAGCAGCAGCAGCAGCAGCAGCAGCAGCAGCAGCAACAACCUUUAGUCAGGAGUCAGAUUUCCAGGUUCCAAAACCUGUAAAUGAAUGCUGGAAUGGUAGGGCUUCUCAGACUUUGAGUUCAUCCCCUUAGUUUCAAAAGACCAGUUUCCUGAUGCCUUAGAGCUAUAAUUACACAGAGCCAGUCUGUACUCAUUUCAGUACAUUGAUCUACAUGGGCUGUGGCCAGUUGUCAUUGUGUGGGUUUCAAAUGUCAGCCCAGGAGCCUCAGCCGUUGGAUACCAUGCUUAGACCUGUUCUUGCAUCUGAGAAAAAUCACAUAGGCAAAGCCAAAAAUCCUGAUAACCAAGGGUGUUUUUUUUUUUGUUUUUUUUUUUUUUUGUCUAAAAAAAAUGCUAGGAAUUCACUCAACCCUCAAGAUCUUCACUAAUUAGAAUUAUUUAUUGCCCACUUGGCUCGGGAUUGUCUCUGUCAUAAUGGAAGUCCAAAAUAAUCUAGGAGAAAUUUGUUGCCUUGAAAAGAACUGAUCUGUCUCAGUCACUCCUUAGGUUGUGUUGAAGUCCAGUUUUUUUUUGAGAAACAGUACCUGGUUUGUGGGCCUGGUCCCAACUCCUGCACAGCCCAAGGAGACCCUCCUGAUGAGGGAAUGGAUUCAAAAAAGAGAGAUCGCAAAGGCAUCAGGAGCCACUGAGCUAUUUCACUCAUUUCUCCUUCAUUCUUUUCUUCCUCUCUGGCCCUGGAGAAGCAUUCGAUAGAUUAUGUUCUGCAUAUUAAGCCUUCCCUCAUGUCCUUCUUAGGGAGCUCAAAAGAAAUGACUCUCUUUGUAUCUCUCAUGCAGUCUCUGGCUGUUGGGUUUCUGGUUGUCCUCAGUGGAAUAGUCCCCAGGUAUCUGGUGUGAACUGUGGUCCAAGUGGGGCUGGAAAGUAGGGACAACAGUGAUUGCCACUCAUGUCACAUCUUCAGCAUUUUUCAGUUGUCUCCAGGAAAGAGAAGUGAAGUCAACAGGAAAACAUGACAGAGGAGCAUCCCAAAGGGUGUUGUGUCUCUUGGAUUAUAAAAAUAAUCUUCAGAGAAAGGAAGGAAAACCUUAUUUUGGGGCCUCAGAGUCUGGCUAGGAAUCGUGGACUAAUGAACAGGGGGGAAAAAUGUUUAGAGGUCACUUGCUCCAACAUUGUCCUUUAUAGGCAAAGGAGCAGAAAUCUGUGGGUUAAAUUGCUGGUCCCAGGCCACACAUCAGGUGCAGAAACAAAAGGGUGAAACAAAAAAAGACAGGGAGCUGCAAUUCCUAGAGAAAAAAGGUGUUUGGGGAGUUUAUGGACAAGGUUUAUGAGAUCCUGCAUGAGCAGACCUGAGAAAGACUGUAGAUUCCUUCUGUUCCUUUGGUCCACUCUAUUAUUCUGCUGGAUGCUGGUCAGACCCCAUUUAGUCCACGGACCCUGGGAGGGCCUGAGCUGGCUCUUCACCCUCUGUGUGGGGAGGACGGAAUGUGGGAGCUGGGAGGGAGAGUGAGGGGAGUGAAGAGGGGCAAGCGAAGUCGGUUUUUCAGAAUGAAUGUGGCAGGUCAUAUGCAGGUAUAGCACAGGGGUGGGUUAAACACAGCUUCCCUUUAAUGACAGGAAAGUGAAUUCCCUUUCAGGUAGAAAUCCUGUUUCCCACUGUCCUCCAUUCUGCCGUUGCUGGAGGAAGAUCAGAGUACCUUUCAGAAUCCAGGGCAGGGCAUGGACUGUGACCAGCAAUAGCCAAUGCCAGAAAGAUGGUUCACAAUUUUAAAUGGUAGCCCAGGUGCCACCAGAUGGCCUCUAGGCAUAACUCCCUUCCGGGGCCCUGCUCCUUCGGUUCAAGGCCAACCCAUGCCCAGCAUGGCCGAGAGAGGGCGAAAGUAUGAACUGGAAUGAUCAUGUCAAGAGAGGUCUGAAACCUCAUUUCCUGCAACUGAUAGAAAAAGAUCUUUUCCAUUUUUCUGAAUGUGGCUGAUGAAAGAACAGCCAGGAGGAAAGCCCUUUGUGCUGGUGAUGCUCUCCUCAAGAAACGGGCUCCAGGGCGUUCUGUGCUGCGAGCAGGUACCUCAGUCACACACAUCCCAGCCCCAGGCCGCUGCUGGGCCUUUAGCUUUCAUUCUCCUUGCAUGUCUGUGGGAUCAGGGAAGAAAGUCUCUUACUGAAGUGCCUGAAACCAGAGCUAGAGCUUCUCGAGAUGCGGGUCUUCCUGUCUCCUGUCUCGGCGUGGCUAGCCUUUCCCCAGCAGGCUCUAGUCUCAAGCUCCAGCUUCUCAGAAAGAAUUAAAGAACUUGCUGUUCAAAUUAAGUUGAAAGUAAGACUAAAUAGUCAAAGUACAGCAAAAGGCAGAGAAUUACAGGGAGAAACUCGUACUACUGUCCAAAUCUACUCUCCCCAAAUUGAUACAUACACACACUUUUUGGGAACUAAAGAGAGAAGCAUAUUGUGUAUCUUUUAUUCAUCAAAAGAGUAACGCAAAAACAAAACUGCAGAGUAUGAAAAGCUCAGGAUCUCUCCCAAGGAUACAGCAAGGGAGCCAACAGGUGAGAUGGGAAGGAAGGAGGGACUGAUUUUGUAGCUCAGAUACUUAGGACACCUUAGAAGUAGCAUCUUGUGAUGAUGAACAUGCUCUGCCAAAUUCACCCAGUUUGCACCUCCCUGUAGCUGCCCAGUAAACUCCACUCUUCAUGUGUAGUGUAAAUUUGGAGUGUCCCAGGGUCUGUCCAGUUAGUUAGAAAUGAGUUACAGCUCUUUCCCUCUACCUUCCGUUGAGUCUCUGGGCCCAGAACUCAACUUGAGCUUCUUGGCCCCUUGGGUUGGCAUAGAAAGGAGGAAACAUUUUUAGAAUCAUUUUUUUGGAUCAUAUAAUUUGCCAUUUUAAGAGUAAAAUUUGUGUUCUGGAAAACAAUUAAUGAAUAAAAACUACAUUCGAGUUGCAAUACCAUUUCACAGUGAAAUAUUUUGAGUAAAAUUUUGUUGCUAGGAUAGUCAUGGACAAGAGUUUUAUCAGCAAAAUGUUUCAAUUAUGUUAAUAAACAAGACAAUGCUACUGGA